CCAAAUAAUAAGACAUCAGAACGAAAUAACACUGGAAAGAGAAAGAAAAAGAAACAUUUUCUGGCGCAAAAUUUGCCUCUAUAUUACAUCACCGUCGCAUUUUAAAGUUUAAAAGAGCAAAGACCUCACGGUAAUGCUUGUAUAAAUGACAUAAUAAAAAUGUACCACCUGCUGAAGGGAAGGAACCGUGAAGUUUUUUACUGGUACCAGCUGACCUCUUGAGAUUGCUCGUGUUUAGAAGCAGUGCAAAUAUUGACCGAUCAAUAGUUUUAGAUUUUGUUUAAGAAAUGCAGCGAUGGAUAACGCUUAAAAACCGAUUAUAAAUCUGUUCUCCGCGUAUUUGGAAGAGAAACAUUGUUACCAUAGAGUUGAUUUGUAUAACGUUUACGAGUGGACGGGCUUUUUGUCUAAACGAAAGUUACGAGCUUCACGCUUUUUCCAUUUGGUCCCAAAACAAAUACUUUUGGUGCACGCUUUAAUUGUCUGCAAAUCAAUGGUAGACCUUAUUUCCAAAUAUGGAUAACGUAGUCGAACGACCUUCUGAUUGGAUAGAAUUGCGACGCCUUCCGACCCUUUACAACCUAUGAAGUCAUUGGCGAAGUAGGCAAUGCUCCAGGCUUCCAUCCUCGUCUGCUGCGGGUGGUCCGCUUAAAGACAAUCUUGGCCUGAUUUAAUAUUCUGAGAUAGCUUUUGACUGGUAAAUGUGAGAGAGAAAUAUCAGAAUAUUUCGCGUUCAGUUCCGUCGUCUAAGGACGGCUUUAUCUCAUGUGAGAUGAAAUUUGGUGUACUUCUUAUUCUUUGCCUGGCAUGGUUUUCCCAGGCGUCGCCGAUUUCACGGAGAAGAGAAAAAAGAGCUGAUGACUUAGAAGCCGACAAAGAAGUUAGAACAAUAAUUUCUGCUAUAGUGGACGCAAUUCUGGAUGGAGACAAAACUCGUCGCUCGGAAAUACCGGACGAAGAGGACAGCGAAGAAACAAAGCCAUCCAACACAGUGAGCAGCUUAAUUCCCGACACAAGCAACGCAGAAACUACAGAUAAAAUUAUCGACAAGAAUGAUAAUGAACUUACAAAGAAAAGAAGAAGUUUUAUUCCAAUAGAAAGCAAGUUAGAAGUACAACCUGCUUAUGAAACAGAAACAAAAGAAACCGCUGAUAGUAUAAAAGCAGACGCUGUUGAAAGCGAAACGUCUGGUGACGUUCAUUCGGUAGCUUCUGGAGGUAGAGAAGAAUCUGCGACCGAGAAUGACUCCCAAGAGAGUGCCGUGAGUGGAAGUGCCGAAGAAUAUUCCAAAAGAAGUGACAUUCCAAGAAUAUUUAAGCCCGAUGAUGCCGAAUCAUCAGAAAAGACGGAAACUUCUGAAACAGUAAAAUCAGACGAAUCCUCAGACCCGAUCUCUAGUGGAUCCGGAGAGGGCUCGUCAUCAGAUGAGCCCGAAGAAGUGAAAGAAGUUGCUUUGUCGACAAAAGAUGUGGAAUCAUCUGGUGACGAUGUCAAAAGAAACGUCAUUCCCACAGAAGUGUUUGAAGAAGUUAAUGAGACUGGAGAUGGCGACGAUGAGGAAGAAGAAAUGGAUGGUUCCGGUUCCACAUCAGAAUCUGGGGAUGCAGAGGAUUUUGAAGAAUCUGGUGACUCUAGUCAAGGAGAGUCGGAGGGUAACAAACCGAAAACCGCCACAGCGGAAGAUGAGGCGAAGAAAGCCGAAGAUGCUAAAGUAACUUCGGGAUCGGACGACGAAAGUUCGGCAUCGGGCGAUUCUGGAGAAUCAGCGGAAUCUGGCUAUUCUGAUGAAUCUGGCGAAUCUGGUGAAAGUGGAGUGUCCGGUGAAUCGGAAGAUGCUGCCGAGUCGAGUGAAUCCGGUGAGUCCGGCGUGUCAGGUGAAUCAGGCUAUGCUGCCGAGUCAGGUGAAUCUGGUGAGUCCGGUCAAUCGGCUUAUGGCGAUGAAUCCGGAGCAUCGGGUGAAAGCGGAGACGAAUCAGAAGAGGACACGGACUUGGUGAAAAGAAGUAAAAUACCAAAAGAAGACAAAGAAACAGCUACCACUAAAGUAGAAGACAGCAAGGGGAACAGUGGCUCCGGAACAACAGAAGUGGUUGAGUCAGAAGAGAGUGGAUCUUCUGAAGAGAGCGGAGAAGGCGAAGAGUCCGGAGACUGGGAAGAAAGUGGUGAAUCAAGGGAAUCAGGGGAUUAUGAGGACUCUGAGGAGUCUGGUGAAUCGAAUAUUAGCAAAAGGGAUGAAAUUCCAAAAGACCAAGAAGCGAAGGAAAACGAUGAAUCGAGUGCCUCAGGUGAGGCGGAAGACUCUGCUCAAUCCGGGGACUACCAAAGAUCUGGCGAGUCGGAGGAAUCUGGAGAAUCCGGUGAAUCCAAGGACUUUGAAGAAUCAGGUGAAUCCGGGGACUUUAUAGAGUCUGGUGAAUCCGGGAACUUUGAAGAAUCUGGUGAGUCCGGGAACUUUGAAGAAUCUGGUGAAUCCGGGGAGUUUGAAGAGUCUGGAGAUUCAGGAGAUUAUGAGGAAUCUGGUGAAUCAAGUGAUAGCUCGAUAUCCAAGAGGAGCGAGAUACCGACGGAAACUCAGAAAGCCAUAAAAGAAAUCACAAAAGUAUCAGAUGCAUCAGGUGAUGCCAGUCAAUCCAGCGCCUCACAAGAAGACAAACAAUCUGAUGGAUCUGGAGAUGAUUCUAAAUCUAAAGACAAUGAGCAAUCAGUUGAAAACAAACAGACUGGCCUACCAGAGAAAGCUGCAGAGUCCGACAAACUUGAAGAAACCAGUCAGACCGACAGACCGGAGAAAUCUGACGAAUCAGCUAAGACAAUCAAGGUCGACCAGUCGGAGGAAGCUCAGGGGACGGACCAAUCAGGGAGCGAAUCUGGAGAAGCAGAUGAAAGUGGUGAAAGCGAAGAAUCUGGAGAAAGUGGUGAAAGCGAUGAAUCGGCCGAGUCUGGAGAAACCGAGGUCACAAAGAGAGAUGAAAUUUCAAGAGACGACAACGAAAGUGUAAAAGACUCGAGUGCUUAUAGCGGAUCAGGGCAGAGUUCCGAUGAAAGCUAUGAGUCUGAAGAGUCAGGUGAAUCCGGUGAAUCCGCUGAGUCUGGUGAAUCCGGUGAAACUGGUGAAUCCGGUGAAACUGGUGAAUCCGGUGAAUCCGCUGAAUCUGGUGAAUCCGAUGAAUCUGGUGAAUCCGGCGAAUCCGGUGAAUCUGGUGAAUCCGGCGAAUCCGGUGAAUCUGGUGAAUCCGGUGAAUCAGGGGAAUCUGGAGAGGGAGAAUUAUCGAAAAGAAGCAAGAUACCGGUAGAAGAGGACAAAGAAGACCACUCAGAUGAAUCGACCAUUAACGAGAGAAAUGCGGAGGAGUCCGGGGAAAAUGGUCAAUCAGAUAAAUCAGUCGAAAGUGAGGAAACUGCGGAGAGCGCUGAAUCUGGUGAAAGUGAGGAAUCUGGGGAGAGCGGCGAAUAUGGUGAAAGUGGAGAGUCUGGGGAGUCUGGGGAGAGCGGCGAAUCCGGUGAAAGUGGUGAGUCUGGGGAGAGCGGCGAAUCUGGGGAAAGUGGAGAGUCUGGGGAGAGCGGCGAAUCCGGUGAAAGCGGGGAAUCUGAGGAGAGCGGCGAAUCUGGUGAAUCUGAAGAUCAAGCGAUUUCAAAGAGGAACGAAAUACCCCAGGAGCAAUAUGAUUUGUCAGAGUCUGAAGAAUCUGCUAAAAGUGGAGAGACUGGCGAGAGCGGCGAGAGUGGAGAGAGCGGAGAGAGUGGCGAGAGUGGCGAGAGUGGCGAGAGUGGCGAGAGUGGCGAGAGUGGCGAGAGUGGCGAGAGUGGCGAGAGUGGCGAGAGUGGCGAGAGUGGCGAGAGUGGCGAGAGUGGAGAGAGUGGAGAGAGUGGAGAGAGUGGCGAGUCCGGUUAUUCAGCGGUUUCCGGUGAGUCAGCUGAUGGGGAAAUUGCCAAGCGCAGUAAUAUACCUCAGGAGCAACACGAAUCAAGAGAUUCAUCGGGAUCGGCAGAUUCACCUGAAUCUUCUAUCAAGUCGGGCGAAAAUGACGAGUCAGGAGAGAGCGAAUCGGGAGAAGCAAUAAUUUAUAAGCGAAACUAUAUCUCGAGGGACAGCGACGACACAGAAGAUGACGAUGAUGACAAUGAAGAUACCGCUGAGGAAGAUAGCAGCAACAAUGAAGACACCUCUGUUGUCGAGGAAGAAGGAAGCGCAGGACAGGACAGCAGUAAGAGAGGCAAAGUAAUCACUGACACAAUGGGUGACUUCGCAAAAGCAGCACUGGAUAAUAAAAUUGAAAGGAAGUCUGACAUUGAACACAGUUUACCUCAGAAUACCGAAGAAGCUCCAGUCAGCGAUGAGGCGACGGAAAAAAAUAAAGAUAAAAAGACUGGUGCUGCGCUAAAGAAUUUAUUUACUGCUUUGGCAGACGGCGAAGUGCAUGCCUCAGGCUCAGGAGAAGAGCUGGCCCUGAGAGACAAGUCUCAAACUACAAACUAUGUUAAGCGAGAGCCUGCUGAAAAACCCGAAAUGAAAAGUGCUUUGGACGAUAUCUGGACCCAAGAUGACAGUGCCGCUUCUGAUGCCGAGUCAGCAAAUCUCAACCUAAAAGAAAAACAGGAAUUUUCCCAGCUUGCCGACACACUUAAGAGGUCUGUUCCCUCGGAAAAUGCAGAAAAAGCUACCAAAGAAGUCGAAAAAGAUGUUGAGGCACUGGAAGGCUAUGCUGACGCCCUCACGGAGGUUGGCGGUUUAACUCCAGAGCACCAUAAAGCUAUCGCUACUAAGCUUGCAUUGGACUUAAUGGAGGAUCUUAAUAUCGACGAACAGCAGAGAUCUGAUCUGCUUCAAAAGGAGACCGCUUUUAUUAAAGAUGCAGAGAUUGCAUACGUUAGAAGCAGGAUCGCCCAAGUCAAACAAGAAAUGAUUAACUUUGCCCAAGACCACCCGGGUAAUAAAGAGAUAAUUCGCACUGAGGCCAUCAAAAGACUGGAGGACAUUGUGGAGAAACUGCCCCUCAGAAAGUCAGUCAUUGAAGCACAAGAACAUAAGUUAAAGAAAUCGCCGAUGUUACAAGAGAUCGUGUCUUCUACGAACAAGAGGCAGCUGAGAGAGAGAAUCCGAAGAGCGCUAGCUGAUUUUAUAGCCGAGGAUGUUGUAUAAACCUGAAAUAAGGGACAGCAGUGAAGAACGGACACAAACGACCUCAAACAGUGGUCGAUGAAUUUUAGUACAUGUAUACAUUAUGCAUAACGCUUCAAGCCACACAGGAAAGACAUAUAGGAUAUAAACAUUGCCUAAGAUAAAAUGCGUUUGUAUAAAUAGAUCAGAUAGCCACAAGCAUAACUCCAUUACCAACAAUCAGAUAACCAUUAGCCAGCCAUUGAUCUUCUCCCUAGAAUUACAGAACCUGAUUUUUUUUUCAUUGAUUAUAACAGUCGUAUUCUAUGGGUUCCCCUUCCCGUGGAUUUAAAGCUUCAACUUCUUAAAUUAUAUUAAUUGUUAAAAAAAACGCUUUGAUUUAGGUCUGUUACAGACCUAUACCGCUACGUAAACUCAACUAAAUUCUCAUUUGCGGGACUUUUGGUUUGGUUGGUCAGGACAAUGGGCCAAGCGGGGCCCGAUGACGUCAUUGUACAAGUAACAAAGAGUGCAGGGAUUAAAAA